AUGGAGCAGUUGUCGGGUGUUAUGAUAAUUAUUAUCAUUGGCGGAGGUGUCCUGACGUUUGUAAUGUUGUUCAUCUUUGCCAAAAGGCAAAUAAUGAGAUUUACCCUGAGAAGUCGCCGUGGUCCUCAUGUGCCAGUUGGCAAUGAUGCCAAAAAGGCCCUUAGGAAGGAAAUAGAACGACGAUUAGAUUGUAUACCAAAAAUACAAAUUGAACGGAAACUACUGUGGAAUGAUGAUAAGUAUAUUCUGCAGAAGGAUAAACCAUUGCCACCAUAUUACUAUCGCAUGCAGGCGGUGGAUGAUAUAAAGAUAUUGGAACGUGAAAUAGCCAAAAGUGAUGGAGCCGUACGUCAUGCCCAUGAAAACUUACGGGCAUUUUUAUUAACCACUCUGUCUUCAUGUCUUAAUGGCACCGGACAACGUAUGAUUCAUCAAUUUUGUGAUAUGUACGAACACGCCCGUCAUGAUCCCAAUGAAUUUGGCAGUGAAGAAUAUGAAGCAUAUCAUAGACUUUUGCUCAAACUCAUAGAAGCGGCAAAACAAUUGAAAUCGUUUAACAAUUCUCGAAAAAGCUCACCUGCCCGUACACCCAAAAAAUCCUCAAAAAUUCCUUCUCUACUUGACCCAUCGCGUUUGAAGCCACCACCAGCUACGGUGACACGCACUGUAGGCGGAGGACAAUUAUCAUCUGGACCCGGUGAAGUUCCAGCUGGUCAUCAUUCUAAAGUCAAUUUAACACUUGGCCUCCAGGGACGAGAUAUGGAUGGUUGUGAAAUUGUCACCAAUCCAUUGCAUUUGCAAACACCAGCCGAACGUGAUAUAAUUAUACGAAAUCGCAUCAAGACACCCAAUUUAGAUGACAUUGUUAAUGAUGAUGCUGAGGAAGAUGAUGAUGAAAUCAAUGAGGUGGGAGAUGAUGAAAUAAUGAGCAUUUCAUCGGUCAAAUUGAAUGCCAAUUCCAAUAAAAAUGUAUAAU